CGCAAAACGGAAAAAGUUGUACAAAAUGUUGAUAUUGAUUUACUUGGUGAUCGCCGUCGGUUCGCUGGUAGCGUAUUUAUUGCAUCGCAAUUUCCAGUACUGGAAGCGCAAGGGAGUGCCCCACGAUCCGCCCCACCCGUUCUACGGCAACCUGGUGGGCUUCCGCAAGAACCGAGUGAUACACGAUAUUUUCUAUGACUACUACAACAAGUUUCGGACCAGCGGCAGCCCCUUCGUGGGCUUCUUCUUUCUGCAGAAGCCAGCGGCCUUCAUCGUCGACACGAAGCUGGCCAAGAACAUAUUGAUCAAGGAUUUCUCCAACUUUGCCGAUCGCGGACAGUUCCACAACGAGCGGGACGAUCCGCUGACCCAACAUUUGUUCAACCUGGAUGGCAAACGCUGGAAGGAGCUGCGCCAGCGACUGUCGCCCACCUUCACCUCGGGCAAAAUGAAGCUAAUGUUUCCAACGGUGAUCAAAGUGUCCGAGGAGUUUGCGAGUGUGAUGGAGGAGCAGGUGCCUCCGACCCAGGGUGGGGCCAUUAUAGAGAUCAAGGAGAUGAUGGCCAGAUUCACCACCGAUGUGAUCGGCACCUGUGCCUUUGGCAUCGAGUGCAACACCCUGCGCACGCCCGUGACAGACUUCCGCACCAUGGGACAGAAGGCGUUCACAGAGCUCAGGCAUGGCCAGCUGCUCACGUUCUUCAUCUUCAGUUUUCCGAAGCUGGCCCGGAGGCUAAGGAUGCGUAUAAUGCCCGAGGACGUGCACCAGUUCUUCAUGCGCCUGGUGAACGACACUGUGGCCGUGAGGGAAAAGGAGAACUUCAAGCGCCACGACUUCAUGGACAUGCUGAUCGAGAUAAAGCAGAAGGGUAGCGUCACCCUCGAAAAUGGAGAGGUGAUGAAGGCCAUGGACAUUGGGGAAUUGGCCGCCCAAGUGUUUGUGUUCUAUUUGGCCGGCUUCGAGACCUCCUCCUCGACCAUGAGCUACUGCUUCUACGAGCUGGCCCAGCACCAGGACAUACAGGACAAGCUGCGAAGCGAAGUGCUGACUGUUCUCGCCGAGCACGAUGGCAAGCUGACGUACGAGUGUGUCAAGGAAAUGCGCUACUUGGAUCAGGUCUUCUCAGAAACCCUGCGCUUGUACACUCUAGUGCCCCACCUGGAACGCAGGGCUCUCAGCGACUAUGUGGUGCCCGGUCAUCCCGAUUUGGUGAUUGAGAAGGACACCCAGAUCAUCAUACCCGCCUGUGCCUACCACCGCGACGAGAAUCUCUAUCCCGAUCCCCUCCGAUUCGAUCCGGACCGCUUCUCGGCCGAGCAAGUGGCCGCCCGCGACUCCGUGGAGUGGUUGCCCUUCGGCGAUGGCCCCCGCAACUGCAUUGGAAUGCGCUUUGGCCAGAUGCAGGCUCGCAUCGGCAUGGCCCAGCUCCUCAGCAGAUUCAAGCUAUCGCUCUGCGACAAGACAGAAAUACCCUUGAAAUAUGAGCCCAAAUCGUUCGUUUUGGGCUCAAUCGGUGGCAUCUACUUGCGCCUGGAACGGAUCUGAGCUUCUGUUCAAGCUUUAAAGCCGUAGAAAUUAAUAGCCGCCAAGAAAUGUAAAUGUCCGUUGCAUCAUCGAUAGAUAAAUAUAGUCAACUAGUUGUACGAUAA